AAUUUUAUUACUUUAAUCUUUAACUAGUAUCAAAACCUUAAAAGGUGAAAUCAAAAUUGUAAUUGAAGAGAUAGUAAUAGGAGAAUAACGCGGAAAUUCUAUAGACUAAAAACACAAAUCCAAGAAAAGCAUGCAGUUGGCAACUGCCCCCUUUAUUUUGCGUUCGCUUUAUAAGGACGAGUACAUAACGGAAAAUCACUUGAUUCGACCAUCUACCAAACUUAUCACUGGUAUCUUCGGGACGCACUUUGCCAACCGCCAUGACGCACACAUUAACGCUGCCUCGAGAGGCCUCUACACGUUAUUUUCAAUGUUAAAAGGACAGACACUUGGCGAGGAGUUCUGCGAUCUGCUCCCGAUCACACAAGGACGUAACGCAUGGCGCGUUGUUGGAGCCGGACGAAAGACACUAUUGGCACUUAUACUGAUGUUGGAGCCAAGCGUGAUUCUCUAUGCAGCACGCUCCUACUUUCCUCGCUUAGCGCCUGAUGAAGUCAUUGAGAAUGUUAACCGCGUGGUUCGUGCGCUAUUAUUUCUUUUUGAGGCUUACGGUACGCUACCACACCGUAUCUUGCGGAUUCGAUAUCUGAGUCUGAAGCCAUCUCGCUUAUUACAGGACAGUGAUGGGGCACCGCGUUCGUAUCUUAUCUUGGGACUCGUGUUAAUUGUGGAGCUCGUGGUACGGUUGUGGAAGUAUCGUAAGGCUUGUGUAGCAGAGCUCCGAGGGAGGCGCAAUAACAAAUCGGAAUGCGAAUCUUCGUGCGCAUCGAGUGAGGAGGACGAGAGUGAUCCAUCAAUGGCGACUGGGAAGUGUAUGUUGUGCCUGAGCCGCCGUCGGAACCCAACAUCCACACAGUGUGGACACAUAUUCUGCUGGCGUUGCAUUGCAGAAUGGAUACGGUCAAACCCCCGCGAGGCCAUGUGCCCCUUCUGUCGUCAACGCAUUUCAGCCAGCACACUUGUCCCACUUUUCUUUUACAUCGCAAAAGAGGCUCCUAAACUUGGAAGUACUAACUCGUGAGAGAUCAUGGGGCAAAAAUAUGAAGCAAAUUACAUUAAAAUGUGUAUCCCCAAAUACACAUACACA